GGCCAGCCUACAAAUGAAAAACUUAAAUACUGUCCACUCCAAACAAUCAGAAAAAUAUUGUUUCUAUUCUAUUCACUGAACUUCUUGGAACUUAGCACUGAAGGGGUUGUUUCUGUAUUCAUAGGUCUUUUUCUCAACUCUGUUCAUGUUAUAACAUUUUUGCUGGGAAGAAGAGGCAUGUGAUCUCUGUUGAGUCAUAUUCAGUUUUGAGAACUGCAAAAGUAAACCAAGCACCUGUGAUAAUAUCUUGUAGGCAGAGAAACUGCCCAAUAAUCUUACAAAAACCUCUGGAAGAGGUUGGCCCCGCAGACCAGCUGAUUUGGUGCAGCAUUGCAGCCAUGCCUGCCAGCCGGAUGGAGAUACUAGGCAUCUCUGCUUCCUUGCAAAAGGCUAGUUGGCCAUCACAAAAUGCGCCUGGCGCCCUGCUAAUUUCGAACACUGUAAGAUGCUCUGAUCUGUAAGGUGCCAUUGCUCUGAUUGAGCAGGCUCUGAUAUUCUUAUGUUAUCAUGAUGUAAUUGGUAUAAACACUGUAGGACUAUUACCCUGAUGUUACAGGCAGAUGCACUGGUAGAUGAGGCUGUAUAUCAUGAUCCAACAGAAACUAAGCCAUAGCUUUUCAGUACAUUAACACAUUGGGCAUUGGCUAUAAGUUACUAUAUGUGCGCAAAAACUCCAAACUAAAUCAUUUAUAGCAGGUGUGGGAAACCUUUGGCCUUCCAGAUGUUCCUAAACUACCAUUUCCAUAAUCCUUGGCUUUGCUUGUUGGGGCAGGUGGGGAUAGUAGUUCAACAUCGGGAGGGCAAAACUUUUCCCAUACCUGGUUUCUGGCAUGCCAUGUAAAUUUUUGAGCAUCUUUAAGGGGGGGGGAAUCCUCAUUCUGUAAUAGUUAAAGGCACUGAAUAUCAUACAUAUCCCCUGGCACAUGUGACCGAGUAUUACUACUUUAUUUAUGUAAACCUAAAACCAUCAACGAAUGGGAUGCGGGUGGCUCUGUGGGUUAAACCACAGAGCCUAGGGCUUGCUGAUCAGAAGGUUGGCGGUUCGAAUCCCCCCAACAGGGUGAGCUCCUGUUGUUUGGUCCCAGCUCCUGCCAACCUAGCAGUUCGAAAGCAUGUUAAAGUGCAAGUAGAUAAAUAGGUGGGAAGGUAAACGGUGUUUCCGUGCGCUGCUGUGGUUUGCCAGAAGCAGCUUAGUCAUGCUGGCCACGUGACCCGGAAGCUGUACACCGGCUCCCUCGGCCAGUAAAGCGAGAUGAGCUCUGAAACCCAAGAGUCGUCCGUGACUGGACCUAAUGGUCAGGGGUCCCUUUACCUUUACCUUUAAAACUAUCAACAAAAAAAUAAUUCACCCAUGGCGAACAGAAAAUAAAACUCAUAAGAAAGUUUGCACAAACAGCCAGGGGCUGUGGCGUUCAAUACUACAGUGGCAGGCACUGCUUUUGCAAUAGCCAAGUAAUUGUAUUUUCCUGCUGAUUAUGUUAUUGUUGUUAUUAUUUGCAAUUGCAAAAAAAAAAGUUUUCAUUAUCCUUUGGAUUUGGUUCAGAGUGUUCACCUUUGCAACUCAACAUUACAGCAGGGCUUGUGUGACAGAAACAAAGCACAAAUGAGCAAGUAUAAACAAAUGUCAAAAUGCCCAAUUUGGAAAGUCUUGUGCUUGGGAGAUUUCCAAGUCCUUAAAGGUGAAGGGACGGAUAGGGGUGGGGAACUUCACUUUCUAAAGAGAGCAUCUUUAUUUCUAAUCAUCUGUCUAGGAACAGGUGAGGUGUAGGUGGGGAUGUCUGUACCCCAAAGCCAUGGGUUAAUCAUGCUGAGAACUGGAGGGUUUCAGAAUAGGAGAGAUUGUUUACGAACAGCUAGAACAACCCCGCCCAAGUAAUAAAACAAACUCUUUAAUCAAAUAUCACAUACUUUUAUUGCACUGAGCAAAUAGACGUUGCUUAUGAUGACAAAGAACAGUUUUACAAAAACAAAGAUUACUAUGAAUAGCAAGUACACCUUGUGAUUGUGAAGCUUGUACCCCAGAUACUUGAAAUUUUGUGCUCCGGCACGUUCCACACUAAAGCAUUUGGUGUCUUUUUCUGAUUUCUACUCAGAAAUGAAAACAUACUCCCUGUCCUUUUAUAAUACCUCUUAAAAGCGGGUUAAUGAAAUGGUCUUUUAAGAACAGAUUUGUUCUUAGCCUCAACUUCUGUGUAUUCUAAAGGGAGAAGCUGUGCUUGAAAUAUUAGCAUACUUUUCCUAAUUGACAUAUGAGUGCAUUCCGUAUCUGAGCACCCAAGUACAAAUCGUUUUGUAACAUGCAGCUAUCAGAAGAGCCCAUAAGCAAUAAAAGUAACAGUGUUUAUUUCUUUUUUUCUUUUCCCAUGAUUGAAAAUUGACACUUGAAAAUGUGUUGCUUUGAAUUUUGGACUGGCUUGAAUGCUGUUCUUGUUUGUUGAAGGUGAGAGAAUCAAUAUGACAGUCUCCUGAAAAAAAUGAAUGUGCUACCAGAUAAAUCUCUGAAAACCAUCAUGUGCUUUUACAGAAUUGGGCCCAUUUAUUUUAAUUCUUCCUGUUUCCAGUACACACGAUUUAAGUGAUACCUAUUAAAAGUACCCGUUGUGAUAUAAACUUCUAAUACAAGAAUUAAUAUUUAAUUCUGUUGUAAGUGUAAGCAGCAAUUUCCCCCAGUAUCCCAGGGCCUUCCAGCAGUUCAUAUAUACAUAUAAACAUAAGGCUGUCAUCACACAGCUCUUUUCUUUGAAGGAUUUGUAGUGCCUCAUCACAGUCCUGGAUUUGCAUGGUCAGGGCUGGGGAAGGCAGCAGAAGAGAAGGCAGGGUACACAGCAACAGGGUCAUGGCAUGGGAAUGAGAAAGGGGAGACAUUGAGAGGGGGGAAAGUGGUGCUUUAGAACAGCGGCAUCAGUAAAGCAGGGAUGGAGGGACACAGGCAGUUUUAAACAACAGCCGAGGUUUGAAUAAAGCAAGGAUGGAGGGACACAGGGUGCUUAGAAGUUGCUGUUUGCGGGAGGAGGAAGAUGCAGAAGGUUACUGUGAGUUGGUUUGGGUGCAAGUGGGGCUGCAGAAAAGAGAAUCAUGGCUUCAGAAAUGGGCUUAGGAAGGUGAAAAGUGAUCUUAAUAGUUGCAUGAGGUGGGAAGGGGAAAUUCAAGGGGGUCAGUGUGGAGGGAAUGGCUGAGUGGUUGGUGAGCAGAGCGAGCAGGGACACAGCCCCUAGUUAACAAAUGCAGUACAGUGGUGCCUCGCAAGACGAAAUUAAUUCGUUCCGCGAGUCGCUUUGUAUUGCAAAAAUGUCGUCUUGCGAAGCGCGACGGAAAUCAAGGAAACCAAAACAAACAAAAAAUGAAAAAAGGUCGUCUUGCGAAGCACGGCCAUAGAAAAAUUAGUCUUGCGAGUCACCAAAAAAAUCGCAAACCCCUUUCAUCUUGCGAGUUUUUUGCUGUGAGGCAUUCAUCUUGCAAGGUACCACUGUAAUAGGUGCAAUGUCAUUUGUUUGGUUUAGGGAACUCUCAUUUCUUUCAUGCAUCCUGUCACAGAGUUAAUGUGAAAUAUAGCCUGCCAUUCACUAGAGGAUUAGCUAAAGUUUCCUAGUAACUGCCUAUGACCUUAUUGCCUACUUUCUCAGUCAUCUUUAGAUGUAUUCUUGGUGGGUUCAUUUAUGUCUUCAAGUACAAGUUCCUUUUGCUACCUUUGGAAGCGAUAAGAAAGGGGUUAGAUGGGGGAGCGGAAUAUGUUGCCUGACUACAGCUCUUAUCAUCCCUAACCAUUCACGGUCCUGACUGAGGCUCAGUCUAACACUAUCUGAAGGGCCACAGAUCCCCCACAGCAGUGUCUAGGACGGUGAUAGAUAGGCAACUGCUGGUUUGCAUUCUGCUGCUUUUAGUCUCCUCCCUCAUGGACUGUACUGGUCAGGCAAUAAUGCACAAGAGACGUGGUUUAUUAUGGACUAACACAUCCUUCUUACAUGUCACUUUGAAGGCACAAAGUUCAUUGGCCAGGGCCCAUGAAGUUGUUACAGUAAGUGUCACCAGUGCUUUAUUUUUUUUCCUAAAAAAAUGUUUAGGGGUACUCUCAUUUUCCUACUCAUAUUGAAAUACUGCCCCUCAUUGAGGCCAAACUUAGAUUCACAAAAUGUUUAGGGGUAUGCGUACCUCUGCGUCCCCCCAGAAAAAAGCACUGGGUGUCACACUUUUUAACAACAACAAAAGAGAGGUGCCAGGACUGUGUACCCCUGAGUACCCCUUGAAAACAAAAAAGCACUGGGCCCAGUGAUGUUCGGCAUUGAGCUAGACUGUUUUACCUUGUCUCUCCAAUAACAAAGUUUUUUCUCAUGUAACCUUUGGGUAGCACCUGUACAAGCAUGGAAAUAACUGAGGAGCUACAUUUCCUGGGAAAAUUAGGGUUGCACCAUGCAGUCAGUAAUGAUGAGUCACUUUUGCAAAGGCAAACAUAUUGUGUUUUUCUUUCUUGGUUUUGUGGCUCAAGAUUGGGUGGAUGGUUUUAAUUUAAUUUAAUUUUUUCCUCCCAUGCCUUCUUAAAUGCACAUUCAGGAAGCGCCAAAUGGUAGCCAUAUAAUUUACUAAGGAAGUCGGGUCAAAGUUCAUACUUUUCUUUUAUAAUACAAGCAGUGCUCGAUAAAUGCAUGUCCAGUUGAUGCGUGACCACGCAUGUGCGCCUCUUGGCAACCUGGAAGUGGCUGGAAAAGGGGGAGGGGCAUAACACGGUGGGCUUAUGCAUGCUCUGCUGCCAUGCGUGAUGACCCCUGAACACAACCCCUGCGCAACUCAGGAGUUCCCUGUACAUUGAACAUGACUUAAGUAUACAGAUGAUUUACAGUCACAAAACACACAUGGUUAAGGUAAGGUGGAUGUGUACGUGUAUGCAUAUCUUGAAAAUGAGCUAGAUUUUUAAGGGUCAUCUCUUAUUUCAGAGCAUAACUGAGGAUAUCUCCUACCUUUUAACAUCACAUCUGCCUAGAACAGAUCAGCUAACCUUUAUUCCAUGUUCCAACUUUGAUCUGGUCACCGCUGAACCUAAGCAGAUCUUGGCUAGUUGGGGUGACCGCACUGCAGGAUCGUGGAUUAGCGUUGGUGGGAAAGAUUGCAUACGUGCAAAGCUCUGAAAUUCUUGAGAGAUGCUUCUUUCUCCAUCUCUCCCUUCUAGCCUUAAAUGGCCUGUGAGACGUAUCACGUAGAUAGGACAAAAGCAGGAGACAGUCAGGUAACAAUGCCAGUGGAAAGAAUGCGAAUGCGGCCAUGGCUGGAGGAACAAAUUAAUUCAAACAAAAUACCGGGUUUGAAAUGGCUAAACGAGGAAAAAAUGAUUUUUCAGAUUCCUUGGAUGCACGCAGCACGCCAUGGGUGGGAUGUUGAAAAAGAUGCUCCUUUAUUUAGGAACUGGGCUAUUCACACAGGGAAGUUCCAGCCAGGAGUCGAUAAACCAGACCCAAAGACGUGGAAGGCAAACUUUCGAUGUGCUAUGAACUCCUUACCCGAUAUUGAAGAAGUCAAGGACAAAAGCAUAAAGAAAGGAAAUAAUGCCUUCCGGGUAUACCGGAUGCUGCCGUUAUCUGAGAGGCCUUCGAAGAAAGGAAGGAAACCCAAGGAAGACAAAAUGAAAGAAAUUAAGCAAGAACCAGAGGAAUCGUCUUAUGAACUGAGUAAUGGAACAUGCCAGGGGUUUUCUGAUUACUGCUUAUCUUCAGCAAUAAAAGCUGAAGUCGACAGCACAAUAAACAUUGUAGUUGUAGGAGAUUCGCAUUUUGAGUGUGGUUCUGAGGAUCAUAUGAUAGUUCACGAUCCACCUGAUGUUUGCCAAGUAGUGGAAGUGACAACAGAAUGUGAUGACCAACCCAGCAGUAUGAGUCAGUCGUAUCCACUACAGAUCUCCCCAGUCUCCUCCUAUGCAGAAAGUGAGACAACAGACAGCAUACCAAGUGACGAAGAAAAUGCACAGGGUCAUCUUCAGUGGCAAAAGGAAAACAUUGGCGGCAAACAAUACUACAGCAACUUGGGGACAAGGAACCCCCCUUACCCGCUUCCUGGAAUGGCUACUUUUGUGACUUCCAACAAACCUGACCUCCAGGUCACCAUUAAGGAAGAAGCCUGUCCCUUGCCUUACAACAGCUCGUGGCCUUUCCCAGAGCUCCCUCUGCAACAAAUCGUGUGCUCGGCUUCCACCAGCUACAGCAACAGCAACAGGCCACCAGAUCAUGAGAACCGGGCCAGCGUCAUCAAGAAAACGUCAGAUAUUACUCAGUCAAGAGUCAAGAGCAGCUAAGCAACAUAAACUGGCACGUUCUUGGCGGAUUCUCUUUAGCAGUUUUGAGGAGCACAUCUAAUGUACAUUCAGCAAACCGAAGAGAGAGAAAAGCCUUGACAGUGCAGAACGCGACCGUGUCCGACUCCAGCACUGGAGCAUUUUAAACUCAGGACUCCAACCAACAGAAUGUAGACAUGAAGCUGGACAGAGGUCCAAGGUUACAGCCCAGGGACAGGGAAGCCGCCCUGGUAGAUUCCAAGGCUGAAACAAAAGGACCAAGAGCCCCCCCCCCCAUGAAGUUCCUCCAUUUCUUGCAGUUCAGGCCCCAAUGGAACUGAAAACCUCGGAAUGGAAAGAAAAAUGUGAACUUGCUUGAUUUUUGUUUUCUCAGAAUCAGUUGUGAAUAUGUACAUAAUGCAGUGCUGUACUAGCAAUACUGCAGACUGCUUUCGCACCUUAUUGAAAAAAAGAAAAGAAAAAGCACUUGCAAAAAAGGCCUUUCAUUAUCUUGCUCUUAUUAAUGGCACACUUAAAAGCCCUUUCUUCCCCACCUUCAACUUCGCUCUUUCCCAGGGCUCUUCUGGAGUAUGGAAAAAAAUCAAAUAGGAAAGUAAAACCACCUCGUGUACAUUUCGCAGGUUGUUUUUAAGAGUGCUUACCUUAUACCUGUCUAAUCUGCUAUGCUUGAAAGCUGUGUGGUACAAUAGAAGAAAAUCUAUUACAGAUAUAUUAUGCAAAUUCCCAGGUUUUAAAGAGAGAGAGAAAUGCUCUAAUUCUAACCAGAGUAAGCUUUUUUAUUUUUUUAUACAGUGGGAUAUUUUAUUCAAAGUAAAAUUCUAAAGUGAAUAUUAAUUGUUUUACUUUUUUAACUUUUCUACAGCAAAUUUAUAAUUUUACAAUUCAGUGACUUGGUUGUCAGCAACCAUUGCAUCUUUGUGGCACAUUUUCUUUUUUCUUUUUAUUUCUUUUUUCUUUUUUUACAAUUUGUAAAGGUGAAAUAGCUUUUAAUGAAUUUUAUGUAGCAAUCAAACUAUCCUGUGGAUUGAUAAUAAAUAUUAUAUAUAAAUGAGUUUUUAAAUAAACAAGUUUUCUUUGGUGUAUGGGGUUUUAACUAAAAACACUUCCAAAGGGAUCGUGUAAAAAAGUUAAGGUGGCAAUUGCUUUCAUGUUCUGAAAACAAAAGAUGCCAAAAUAUAUGAUGUGUGUUCCAUUAAUUGAGAGGUGCUUUGGUGCACGUUCCAGGCUAUAGUAGAGGCAGGAGGAAUAAAUGAUAACCUAAUCUUAAAAACAACAGCUAUAAUCCAGCAAAUGCUGAGCCCCAUUGAUCUCCAGUUGGAGAGUUUUAAGUGGAAUUUCUUAUUGCUUAAGGUACAUUAGGUGUCAAAAGUUCUUUACAGUGUACAUGAUGCUUACAAAGAAAUCCUGCACACAGACAAUUUUUACUAACUUGAGACAGAAGAUCUGCUUGAGACAUACAGUUAGAACAAAUUCAAUGCUAAAGAGCUCUAAGGUGCACAUCUAUAAGGAGACAGGUAACUCCUGUCUCCAAAAGCCAGCAUGGUAGUUUAAU